GCGCCGCUGCUUGGUCUCGACUUGACGGUGGCACUUGCCGAUGUCCCGAGUAACGUGCGCACACUCGACCGACCAUCGGCUCUUGCGCGCCGUUAUCAAUGACGUGUGCAAGUCGACGUCCAAAGGCCUCGGCACCUUUGCCGAGUACGUCGUGCACGUCCUCGAUGUGCGGGCGACACCGGCGUCAUGGACACUCCACAAGCGCUACUCGGAGUUUCGCACGCUCCGAGACGCGCUUCUUCGCGCACCGCUCUGCUCGCCGUGCCUGCUUUGUUUUCAGCAGCCCGAAAUCACGCUGCGGUUCCCGCGCCGCCGCAUCUUCACGUCGGGGACGGCGCGCGCCCUCCUCGAACGGCGAGAGCAGCUCGCGGUCUUUCUGAGCAUGGUCACCCACGUUUCCCAGCGCUGCGCCGACAGCAACUGCACGACGCGCCCGCUCGUGGAAGGGUUUUUGAUGGUGCCGCCGAGUAAAACGACGGCGCCAAGUAUGCCGGACGAUGAACCGCUCGACGAGCCGAUCCCGAUGCUCGAAGAUCACCGCGCGCCCAAGCCAAAACCGCCGCCGAUCAUUCUAGUCGCGCCACGACGACUACCCAAGAAGGCGGCGCCGGCGCUAACAAUCAACUUUCAGUCGUACCGGUCGGCUGUGGCCAAGAUGGACCGCACCAAGCCGAGCAAGCUCGCGGUCUCGCCACUGCAACAACGGCGGCCACGCCAACCGUCCAAGCUGCCGACGAUCGAAGAAGGCUCCCCGUUUCUAUCCAGUACAAUAAACGAAGACGAAUAUUGGUCAUUCUACGCUACGAGCUGA